CCAAGGAGAUGAUUUAGCCACCGCAGGCCACAAGCGCAUGCGCCCCCCUCCUUUAGCUUUGCAAGACAUCGAGGCAGUCAGGACCAUAGGACUCGGCGGCUGGGGCUCCGUGCAGGUUGCAAGAGUAAAGAGGCCGUCGGCGCAUCCGCUGGACAGGCCUGGCGCUACCUUUGCCGUUAAGGUGGUGGGAAAGUUCAACUAUCGAGACCUGGAAAGGAACGACAAGGGUCACCAACGGAAUGCUACAGAGAGAAGGAACGCCGAGCGGAAGCAUCUAAGCGCCCUACCCUGGAAUCCUUUCAUAGCCGGCCUCAUCGACGGGCACGCGGACCUGAAGAACGCCUACCUCACGUUAGAGUAUGGUGCACGUGGAUCACUCAACACUCGUAUGAGGGAUUUCCCCAAUCUGACGGACCGCGAGAUCAAGUUUUACUUCGCAAACCUGGUGCUCGCCAUAGAAUUCCUACACACGCACAACAUCGUGCACUGCGACGUGAAGCCGGAGAACCUUGUGAUCGGGGCUGACGGCUACCUUAUGCUCACCGACUUUGGCCUCGCACAAACAUUGCAUUCUGACGACUCAUGGAACCGCAUGGGAACGUUGGAGUACAUGAGCCCGGAGGUCCUUUCGGACGAUCCCCUGGACACGAUCGAAAGACGUGUAUCCGGAGACUGGUGGGCCGCUGCCGUUAGCCUGUUCGAAAUGAAGACGCUGGCUAUUCCGUUCCCAGCCGACAGCGCGGAAGAAUUGGACGACAUGCACAAGAACCGAGGACUUGCGUUCCCGCCCGACAUAAGAGUCCACGAGGGCUUGAAGGAACUUCUCUUCCGCAUGCUGCACUACGACCUUCCACAUCGCCUCGGUGCAACAGAGGUCCCUGAGGGCAAAAACGGCUCCCUCAUCAACCGGGAGAUUCGCCGCCAUAAAUGGAUGGAGUCGGUCAACUGGGACCGGAUCGAAAGGAAAAUCGCCACAGCCCCGCGGGUCCCGAACUUCAUCCCCAAAGAAGACGACUGCGUGCAUACUGAGCAGUUCGUGGAGCAACGCAAGGUCCCCGGGCUGCCUCUCAAGCGGCCGGCUCCUCGCCUCGAAUAUUAUGAGCUCAAGACGGAGAAUUACGGGCCUCCUCGCAAGAAACGCCGCGGCGGGAAGGAUUCGAUGUGCCCCCCUCCGGGUUCCCCGACCCCCGAGCUACCGCGUUCGCCAUCCAUGGCUGUCGAGCGGGGUAGCAUCGUGACAGAGGCAUAGCUGCGCUCCGCUCUCGUCGUUUUCCUACUGGUGAUUUCUCUAUGCUGUAUCGAUACCUGUGCGUUCUCUCCCGGCUUGUAAAGUCUUCCUCGUCUUGUUUCUCCGGAGUUCCCCGACCCUGUAUAUCUGUAACGUCUGAGUCCCACUGUAUCUUCGAUUAUCCUGUGCUUUUGUAUAUUGGCACUGAAUACC